GUCAUCAUCAACAAUAGCCUUGCAAAAGUGUUGGCUGACACAGGUGCAAGUAUCAGCGUCUGUGGAAGAGAGCAAGCGCAAAAAUGGAACCUCCUGUCCAGAAUGGUCCCAACCACGACCAAGAUCAAGCCAUAUAACAGCCCGACAAUACCAGUUAUUGGAAUUGCCAAAUGCGCUGUCACAUUUGGCUCCACAUCCAUUCCAGUUGAUUGGCACAUAAUUGAUACACCAUGUGAACCUGUACUUGCAGGACAAAGUGCAGUACAACUGGGGAUAAUCCAGUUUGACCCUCAGGCCGAAGUUUACCAACCAGUACAGAUGAUCCAGUGUAGCAAAAAGGAAGCGCUUGAAGACAUCUUAAAGAAAUAUCCGCAGAAUUUUGAAGGGCUUGGAAAGUUGAAAAACCACCAAGUUAAACUGCAUGUCCACCCCAGUGUUAAACCCGUUGCCUCCCCAGCUCGACCAGUGCCAUAUCACUUGAAGGAACGUAUCAGAACAGAGAUUGACAAGAUGGUAGCCCAAGAUGUCAUUGAAGAACAUCCACCAACAGAACCAGCACCUUGGGUGUCAAACGCAGUUAUUGCACCCAAAUCGGACGGCGCCAUUCGUAUGACCCUUGACGCUCGCAAUGUGAAUAAAGCGAUCCAAGCUUCCAACCUGCCCAUCCCAAGGCAAGAAGACAUUAAAGCUAAACUUAGCGGAGCGAAGGUGUUCUCGAAGAUGGACUUUAAAUCGGCCUUUUGGCAACUUGAACUCCACCCAGAUUCCCGGUACCUUACGGUGUUCCACGCAAACGAUAAACUAUACCGAUAUAAGCGACUCACCAUGGGCGUAAAGCCAGCACAAGGAGAACUUAACAUGGCUCUUCAACCGCUUUUCGCACAUAUUCCACAAGCACACCUCAUCCAUGAUGACCUUAUUGUUGCAACAGAAACCGAUGCAGAACACCAUUCCGCGAUUACUGCCGUCAUGCAAGCCAUCACUAACGCUGGUAUAACCCUUAAUCCAAGCAAGUGCACUUUCGGAGCCACUGAGAUCGAAUUCUGGGGUUUGCGUAUUGGUUCCACAGGAGUACGACCAGAUCCCGCCAAAGUGGAAGCACUAAAGCACAUCACACCGCCUCGAUCGAAGGAAGAAUUUUCCCUGUAUGAUGCAGUCCAAUGCCGAUUUCAUUCCAAACUUCGCACAACACGCGGCCAAACUGAGAGAACUGACCAAGAAAAAUAG